AUGCGUAAAAAUUUCAUUAAAAACUUGCCAUCAAAUCGAUGUCAAUUUAUUCGUUCCUCAGAUGCUUCUCAUCGUCUGCUGGCAGGAAGGUCAUCAACAACUCACGUGAAUACACUUAAAAGUGCUCUUAAAGCCAAUAAUGUGAAUCCCACUGAUAUGUUGCAAAAUGAAAUGAAUAUAACACAUUCUUUGAACUCACAACACACAACCACCAUCCACUCACAAUCUCCCAUCGAGCACCAAAACGAUCCAAAAACGGAUAUUUGUGACAUCACUAAAAGCCCUUACAUUCCUGUUUACAAGCACAAUUAUGUGAGUCCACUUAAAUCCCAAUCGUCAGCGGUGGUAACGGAUGAUAACGAUGAGAGUACAAUAACUGCUUCCAAUUAUGAAAAUGAUGAUAAAGAAUUGACCGACAUUAAAGAAGACAUUUCAGAGGAUGAAGGGGAACAAUUCGAAUAUACUGACGAUGAUUUGGAUGAAGCCCUUGCUGAUCAUGACACUAGUAAGCCAGACACAACAAACACCGAACAAGAUGAAACUUCAUGUGAAGAACUAUUGACACCUGUCAACACUUUAAAAAGCAUUGACAACUCGUUUGAUAUCUCCGAGGGACAUUACUUACCGAUGACCCCUAAAAAAGCUAUUUUGAGUUCGAGUGCUUCUGAAACCUCAAUUCUUGCUAUGGAUAUUUUGAAUUCCAUUCGAAGCUCGACAGAUGCCAUUGAAGAAAAUCCUUACAUUGAAAUGAGUUCAGGAAUGUCAGAGAUGAGUGUGGAAAAGCAAGUGUCACCGUAUGAGCUUGUCAUGGUUUCAGGAAAGAAAAGUGGAAGUGAACCUUUGUACAUGGAAUUAUCACAGAAUGCAAAAGAAAAGACUGAAAAGAAAUCGCCAAAUGAUGGAAAAAUUGCGACUAAAAAACGUCACACCGAGAAAUCUUCGUCGAGGAUUAAGAAACGACAUGAUUUGCCAGACAUUUUGAAACAGUCGCAACAAAGUUUCAAAUCUGAUGACAGCUCCGAUGCAGAUGAUGAAGAUGUGUCAAAAGAACCCUUGACAAUGAAGUCGAGAACUCGAUUUAGCUUGUCAGAUACAUUUCGGCCUGCUUCUUAUUAUCUUGGCGCCAGUACCAGUAGUUCAAUUCACAAAAAUCUUCCACUUGCUGAAUGUCUUGACAGUUCUGACAGUGAAAUUGUAGCACCACCACCAAUUCCAACCUCACCACCCCCUCUUGAUUCUGAAGAAAUUUUCUCAUCUGAAAAUUUUAACACAAUCAAAAGGAACAGCACAACAAGCAAUGAAAUCAUUCAUCACCGAACAAUGUCGGCUAGUAGUGUGCCGUUGAGUGACAGACAUUCUGAUGUAAAUCGCACAAGUCGUUUGAGUCUUCAAGAUCAACUCUUCAAACAGCAACAACAUGAUGCUGCUGCUACCGGUUAUCUCAAUCUUCCGCAAUUUGAGAAGCUUAAAAAUGCAAAAUUAUUCUCAACGGCAAGCAAUUGCAGCAUCAACACGGAUGACGGCUCGAACACGUCAUCAGACUUUGACUUAUAUAACAAAAUUAAGCUUCAAUCGCCGUCAAUCAGCGCUGAUUCAUUAAAUCAAUCGCAAUCAAGUCUGACAGAAUCGCCACGUCCUCGACCUCUUCCAUUGUCUGAUGACUCGCUAUUUAAGUUAGAAGAUGAACAAAACGCUAACGAAAAACUUGACCAUUAUUUAAAUAAAUUAGAAACAAGCGAUUUGCUGUUCAGUAAAGAACAAACGACUUGGCUUACGGAAAACUUGAGGCAUAUGCCAGGCGGUUCUAUGGAUCCGACAGCACUUCACUAUGAGAACAUCAAUAUGAUUGAACAACAACAAAAGAAGGGCGCGAUGUAUUACGACUCGCUUGAAGAUGUUAGUAAUAAAGAGUUGCAGCCAUUGAAAGAGAAAAAUUUGUCUAUUCACGAUGCAUUACAUGAUGAUGAGAUGAAGAAUAAAAAUUACGACAAUGCUGUAGAGACUUCACUUGAUGCUGAUGGUUCUAGCACAAUCUUUGAUAUGACACAACCGAGUCAUAGUCGAAAUAAUAGCAAUCUUUCUGAUUCAGCUCCUUACUAUUAUUCAGACUUGACAGCUGACACAAUUCAGAAGCUUAACAAUCAACGUGAUGUUCAAGUGGGAAAGAAAAAUCCAAAUUAUAUUUCGCACAUCCAAAACUUGAUUAACAAUACUAACAAGCAACAGUUGACGUCGAUAUUGAAGGAUCAAGCAGAGAAAGAACAAGGUAUAGACAGUCGAAACCUCUACGAGUCUGGUAGUGGGCGAUUACAAAAACUUGUAAACAAGGACGAACCGACAACAUCGUUCGCAAGUAUAAAUUAUUACCAUGAGAAAAACACAAACGUCGAUGGAAAUGUUUCAACAUCGAUUGAUAAUUUAUUGUACUCAAUGCCACCGAAAAGUGACAACUUAGACGCUUCCAUUGCUGAUUGUGAUCAAUUAUGGGAAGAAGAUGCAAUUUGGUGUGAAAGCUUACGUCGUGUUUCACAACGACAUGCUCGUUCUCUUGAUGAUUUGGACAGAAUAGAAAGUCUUUCAUCAGCUGCAACAAAAGCCGCAAGAAUUAGUGAUGCUGAUCGCCAAUGGGGAAUAUCAUCGUCAUCGAGUGCUGAACGAAAGUCACGAACAAAAAUAACACGCGAUGUUACUUAUGUUAAUGAAGAUCAUCAACGAACGUUAACAAAAAAGAAAAAGAAUAUUGAAGUUCCGAAGAUGGAUGAAAAUGAUGUUUAUGUGCAACUUGCUUGUGCUCCGAAUGCUAUGUCAGACGUUUAUGAAAUUCUUCGUGAUGAUGGCAGCAACAUUGAUCGAGAAAAUAUUCGUCAGUGGGAUUUGAUGUCGAGUGGUUUGGUGAAGAGUUCAAGUGUUGGUUCACGUGUUGUUAAAAGCUCUGCUGUUGGCUCGUCAAAAGCGCACACAACGAUAGAAGCUGCCAACGAUUCUACUGAUGCGGAUCAUAGUGCAGUUCUUAUUCUCUGUGUUUGUCCUUUUCGAAAACAAAUUCUUACAUCAUCUGUUUCUGUUCGAAACAUUCGCAAUAUCCCCAAAGUACCGUUAACUGUAAAGCCAGACCCCAAUGACACUUUAAAUCGUAGUCUUAAUGGAGCGAAUGGUAGCACAACUAACAGUUAUUAUUAUGAUAACAACAACUACCCGAAGUCUUCUGACGAUGUCAAUUCAUUGUACAUUAAUGGACAGACGCAACAGCGGGGAGUCUCCAUUCACCAAGAUCCUCAACAUCAUCAGUAUGCCGUCGUCAAGAAGACCGGAAGCAAGCGUGAUAUUCGUGAGAAUCUCGAGCGAGAAAACUCCGCAAUCUUUAAGAACCAUAUUAGAACAACCGAAGGUCAAACACGUGCUGAAAAUCUCGCGCAUUUAGAAAAGCUUAAACAUCAAUUAUCGGAAUUAGAGAAGCAAUACGAGAAAAGCAAACCACUCGUAAAUCUUGUGGAUAACAUGGUAAAAUUGGGUUCACUUUAUCGUGGCGGUAGUCAUCAUUAUCCAAGCGAAACAACAACUUUAGAUCGUCUAGAAUUUAAUCAACGAAUUCAAGAGCGUAGAUUGAUGCAAGAAGAACAGCGUCAAUGGGAACGGAUGAGCCCCAACCAGACUGAACUUCAGACUAAAGUUCAACAACUUUACAAACUCGACCAAGCGCUUCAAGAAGAGUCUGGAACACUUCAGAGUCUUCAACGUGACAAAGAAGAUCUCGAACGAGCACUUUUCGGUUUAAGAUCGAAACUUCAAAAUGAAAAUGCGCCUUCAAUGGUUGUAGAAGCAGCUCGAAGACAACAGCAUGUGUUGGAAAUGGAGCUUUCGCGUGUUCAUCAGUUGUUAGCCGAAAACUCUAAGAAAUUAGAGCAAACCGUCGCUAGCAAUGCGCGUUUAGAACAAGAACUUUUAGUGCUGCGCCAAAAAUUGCAACAAUCGCGUGACACGAAGAAUUUUCAAUCAUCAGGCGUAAAUGAUGGACAGGCCAAUGGUGCGACAGCUGUAUUGGAAUCAGAACUUCGUCGAGUACAGCAACUAGUGGGUGACAUGCAACGUCAACGCCAAGAAUUAAGUCAAGCUGUUCGUGAACUUACAGACAAUUCUAAUUCGAUAUAUCAAGAAAUGAAUAGAAAUGCAUCUGGAAUAAAGAAGCGGACAUCAUCAACAUCAUGGACCGAAACAGAUUUGGAUUCAAUUGAUCAAAUUCGAUUGAGUUUCAGUGAUUCAGCCACGCCACUCUAUGUUGAUACCAAUUCAAGUGGAAACAGCAAUAAUAUCAUUAAUUGUUCGUCUUCGAGUAAGUUUGGGGAGUAUGAAAUGAAUAAGAUUUUGAAUGGAAGACUCUCGAAUGGAUAUAGCGAAGAAAUCAUCGAUUCAAUGAUCUUAGACAACGAUGACUUACUUGAAGGUUCAGCAUUUAGUAAUCUCAGUCAACAAGACAAACAAGAAAUCAAAACUGUUAGAAUCGUGAAGCGAGAAUCUCAACAACGACAAAGGGAUCGUGAACGCACUGGAUAUUUGUCACAGAAUCUCGAUCAAGUACUCGAAGAAGAAGCUCAAUUGUUCAACAAUGCAAUCAACAGUGAUUCCUACAACUCGUAUCAACGAUCAAAGUCUCUUCCGAGAACUUACAUGGAGACGCAUGAAGCUUUCAAUCAAUCUCCAGCAACUCAAAUGCAAUCAAAAUAUACAAACGAUUAUUACAACUCAAUUAACGUUCAAAGCAAUAAUUAUCCAGUGUCAAUUAUUGAUCGAGCUGCUGACUUAUACUCAGACUCAUCAGCGACACAUCAAUUGCAGCAAAGUUAUGUUAAUUAUUAUCCAUCAAAUGGUAACUUAAAUCAGAAGACUGAAUCGAUUCAAAGUCUUACAAAAAUGGUCAGCGAAUUAAGUCCAGUGUUUCAAAGUGAAGCAGCACGACAAAUCAUAAUUGAAAUGUCUGGAAAUUCAGGAGACGAUGACGCAAAAGUGCCAAAUGCCAAUAAACAACGACGAGCUAUACCGAAAGAAAAGCGAAGACAUUUCACGGCGCCACAUCAUGUGAACGCAAAAACUGUUCAAACCAUUCAGUUUGAAAAUGAUAUGAACAAGAAUAAUGUCAAUUAUCGUGCCCGUGAUGAUCUCGACAUGGAAGUCGCACUUCGACCUCGAAUCAAUGCUCCAGAUGUCGUUCGUUCAGCGCUUGGUCCACGUGAAAAGAUCUCGGAAAACACAAUCGACAAUCUUUUUGGUGCACCGAAUAAAAUUCUCAUUCCUGAACGUUACAUUCCAGAACAAGCUCCGGAAUUGUCACCAGAAGAGAAGAAACGUCGACAGGAAAAAGUUGAAGCGAUCAAAAAAAUGCUUUCGGAAACAACUCCAACAAUUUCGGCAAAUGACACUCCAUUGCCACCAAGUCAAAUAAGUGCUGAGAAGAAGCAACGUGAACAUCUUUUACAACUUAAUCAAAUUCUUGCACAACAAGUCAUGCAAAUGAGUAAAAUUGUUGCUGACAAGAAAGGAGAUGAUCAUUACACAAGUUAUCGAAAAGAGAGAGCGAUGGCUGGGUUGCCAUCAAGAAUCAACGAAAUGGAAAGCGAGCGUGAGCAAUCGCAAUCACCUGUUGACCCUUUACCAAUCUAUCAACAACGUGACAACUUUUUCACAUAAAUUUAUCAAAAGAGAACAAGCUGCUUAUAUUCCACAUUCGGUAAUAAUUUCAUAACAAUCCGUCCAUGAUAAUCGGAGAAGUUUAACUAAAGAUGCUUAAUUUGAAAAGCUUGAGAUCAUUAACGUCAUCAUUACUCAAAAAGCAUAUCGAACAUUUACUGAAUACUUCAUCUUAAUCAACAUUAUCGAUUCUAUGAGCAUUCUCUCAACAAAGGAAUUGUUGAACAAACAUAAAUAUUCCGCCAUCAAUCACGAGAGAAAAGAAGAAAAACGGGAAGCAUUUUCCAUGCUGUCAAUUAUGAUUCAAUAAUUGAAAAACGAAAUCGAAACAAUGCUACUUAAAUAAAUGAUUUGAACAGAAUGAAAUAAGACACAAACAUAUAUCAUUAAUUAAUAAUUUACGACAAAACAGGGAUUUUAAAGGAAAAAAUCACUUCAGCUUCCGGCGAAAAUAAUUAUCAAUUAAUUUUAAGCAGACACUUAAUAGAAGUUAUAAAAACUUUUUAAUAUACAAUUUCAUCCAACAAACCCACCCACGAUUGUUAUGUUAUUUGUUUGAACUUCAAACAUUGAAGUAGCAUAACAAGAAAAGAAAUAUUCAAAAUACUUAAUUCGUUUUAAGAAAAUUAUCUUACACCCACGCAUGAAAUCAUUGAUCAAACAUUCAUUUCAUUGUAGCAAAUGUAGCAAGUUUAAUGAUGAAUAAUGUUUAUUUGAAAUAUGAAAGUAUCAAAUGUUUACUAAUCUCAAUUAUACUUGAAAAAACAUUAAAUGAACUCAAAUUGUACCUUAAGAUAAUGAAAUUCAAUCGAAAUUUAUCAACAAAUUAUUGAUUCAAUUAAAAGAAAAAGUAAUUAAAAAGUAUCUCAUGUUAUGAGUUUAUUAUAAAAAUUUAUCUCUCGAUAUUUCAUUGUCAUGACACAUAAAUAUAUCAACUUGCAUAAUUGUUAUCUAUCUAGAAAGCGAUAAAUAAAAUUUUAUGAGCUGCUGUUUACACUUCUAGAUUUCAAAGAGAUAUGAAAGGAAAAUUAUACCAGUAUGAAAUAAUUUUAAUUAAAUUAUGUAUCAAAUUGAAUGCAAUUAUGAAGUGUUUGAAAUCUAUUCCAAUUUAUAGUAAAGACAAUUUUAAAUUAGCUUUUAGUUGACAUGUAAAUUUUGAAUGAUACAUAAAUGUAAAAAUUGAAAAAAUUCUUUCUGAAUUUUAAGAUUAAUUUGAAAUAAAACAGCAGCACGCAAUAUGAGAAGAAAGCUUAAUAAACUUUCUCGAUUAAGAAUGUAAAUUUUCUUUCUGAACUUAUUAUAAAUGGAAACUGCAUGUUUCAUAUUAAUAUGCAUAAAUAUUUCUCAGUUUUCAUUUCCCUUCGCACGAUGCAGCUACAUUUAUAAUAGAAACUAAAUAGUGUUAUGGUCACAUGUAUAAGUUGUAGAUGUUAGUCAGCAAGAUCACAUUAAGAAGACAGACUUAUGUUUAAUAGCAUUUAAAAGAUUAAAACGCCAUAAUUUGUAGAAAAAAGUUUAUUUCACUCGAGUAUGCAUAAAUAUUAAAAAAAAUGAACGGUGCUGAAUUCUGAUGAGACUUUUUUCGGAAGCAAACAUAAAAAGAUGACAAAAAAUGCAUGAAAUGAAUCUUCAUAUCACUUAACGUCAAUCCAUGUUCAGAAUCUACCAUGAAUUUUAAGAAAGUCUUUGUAAAAAAUAAUAUAAUUAAAUAAUAGAAUAAACUCCCUCACUUGUUACGUUUGUUGAAUCAAUUGCAAUUUUAGAAUGAUAGAUGCAAAAGAAAUGAAUUGUUUGAGUAUAUGCACUCUAUUUUUAAGGAAACUUCCCCUCUCCCCCCC